GAGAGAGAAAACUACAUGACACUACACCAUGAGUGACAGUAAAUGUGACAGUCAGUUUUACAGUGUUCAAGUUGCAGAUUCAACAUUCACUGUUCUAAAACGUUACCAGCAAUUGAAGCCCAUAGGAUCAGGGGCACAAGGCAUUGUUUGUGCUGCUUUUGAUACAGUCCUUGGAAUAAAUGUUGCUGUGAAGAAGCUGAGUCGUCCCUUUCAGAAUCAAACCCACGCAAAGAGAGCUUACAGAGAGCUUGUUCUUUUAAAAUGCGUCAAUCACAAAAAUAUAAUUAGUUUAUUAAAUGUAUUUACACCACAGAAGUCACUAGAAGAAUUUCAGGAUGUAUAUUUGGUUAUGGAGCUGAUGGAUGCAAAUUUGUGCCAGGUUAUUCACAUGGAAUUGGAUCAUGAAAGAAUGUCUUAUCUUCUUUACCAAAUGCUAUGUGGUAUCAAACAUCUCCACUCAGCUGGUAUCAUCCACAGAGAUUUGAAACCCAGCAACAUAGUAGUAAAAUCAGAUUGUACGCUGAAAAUCCUUGAUUUUGGCCUGGCAAGAACAGCAUGUACUAACUUCAUGAUGACUCCAUAUGUGGUGACACGGUACUACAGAGCACCAGAGGUUAUCCUCGGGAUGGGGUAUAAAGAAAAUGUGGAUAUCUGGUCUGUUGGGUGCAUUAUGGCAGAAAUGGUCCUCCAUAAAGUCCUGUUCCCAGGAAGAGAUUAUAUUGAUCAGUGGAAUAAAGUUAUUGAACAAUUAGGAACACCAUCAGCAGACUUCAUGAAGAAACUACAGCCUACAGUGAGGAAUUAUGUAGAAAACAGGCCAAAAUAUCCUGGUAUUAAAUUUGAAGAGCUCUUCCCAGACUGGAUAUUUCCAUCAGAAUCUGAUCGUGACAAGUUAAAAACCAGCCAAGCUAGAGAUUUAUUAUCAAAAAUGCUUGUGGUAGAUCCAGACAAGAGAAUUUCUGUAGAUGAAGCCUUACGUCAUCCUUAUAUUACUGUCUGGUAUGAUCCUGCUUAAGCAGAAGCUCCUCCACCUCAAAUCUAUGAUGCACAGUUGGAAGAAAGAGAACAUGCAAUUGAAGAAUGGAAAGAAUUAAUAUACAAAGAAGUAAUGGAUUGGGAAGAAAGGAGCAAGAAUGGUGUGGUAAAAGAUCAGCCCUCAGAUGCAGCAGUGAAUAGCAACACCAGUCCUUCCCAGUCAUCAUCUAUCAAUGACAUUUCAUCCAUGUCAACAGAGCAAACAUUGGCCUCAGACACAGACAGCAGCCUCGAUGCCUUGACAGGACCCCUUGAAGGAUGUCGAUGAUCAGCCAGGAUUGCAGACUUGACUUUGGAAAAGAACUCUUGCUUCCAUUGGGCCUGAAUUGCUUGUAAGUUAAUGGAACCAAGUAGAAAAAACUCCAUGUUCUGCAUGUUCUGCUAAAGUAAUGCCUGUUUUUUUACUCAGUUGUUAUGAAAUUGCCUGCUUAAUGUUGUAGAAUGAAAGCAAAUCUAUGUCUAAAGAACAAAAAAAAA